CUUCUUGAUGUGGAGACUCGACUAAAGGCAUUAAUCAAUAACUUAUUCAAGGCAUCUCUAGUUGUUUUCUUUCUUCGGUCAACACUCAGAGCACUCAGUUGAGCUGAACCGAUUUAAUAUUUUUGGAAUUGUUCCAAAAUUAUAAAAACCGCGUUUGUUUGUGUGCAUACUGCAGUUCAUAUCCUUGUUUAUUCUUGAUUUUCUUUGUCUUAACGAGUGCGCUUGCGUUGUUUUCAUAAAAUUCCGAUGUGAGUGCAUUGACGAGUGAUAUUCUUUUAAAUACCUAGGGUAUUUUGUAAAAAUGGGUUCCUUAAAUCCCGAAAAUACAUCAAAACAGGAUCUGGACGACAGCGGAUGCGUUCAGGAUGCGUCGGUGACCGAGAACAGCUACAAGGGCCUGGUGCAACUCCUGGACCUGUCUGAUGAUGUCCUGCUCUACAUCCUCAAGUACUGCUCGCCGAUGGACCUCAAGGCUUUGGGAUAUACCUGUUCCCGUCUCGGCGCGUUAAUAUGCGACCGUACUCUCUGGACGCGAGUGGACGCGAGAUCGGUUCCCGUCGGGCAGAUGCGACUCCACUGGUUUCUGAAGCACUGCCUCUCUGCGGCCACUACUGAACUCUUGCUCACUGGAUACGCUAAUAGACAUAGCAGAUGUCUGGGCAUACAGGACUUACAUUCGCCCGUAGAGGCAGAAUCCGGGGCGGCUCGCGGAACAUAUAUAGAACAUUUUCUACUUCGCAUGUGGUACCCGCAUCUACCACGGAGAGAUAUUAUUUUGGCUAAUCUCGCCGAGCAAAGCUACAGGCGAUACCAAGCUUUCGCAGUGACACCCCGCUGGCCGGAUAAAGAGGAAGCCGAAAUCAAAGCUCCUCAAAAAGCAUCGGAAGCCACGACUUCCAAUUCUGGGGAGUCGUCAACGUCUAACUCGGGCAAUGCGAGCAAUUCGGGCAAUCCAAGCAGCUCGAGUAAUCCAAGCAAUUCGAGUAAUCCGAGCAACUCCGGUGAUCCAAGCAAUUCGAGUAAUGCGAGCAAUUCGAGUAACCCGAGCAAUUCGAGUAAUUCGAGCAAUUCGGGACCAAAGAAAGAUGCGCAGGGAUUUCCGGUAGUUUUCGAUGAUGAUCGAGGUAAUUGCAAAGGCCCGCAGUUUACAUUGACCGCUGCCCUGUUGCGGGAUUUGAGGAGAAAAUGUCCGCACCUCACUUCGCUCGCUUUGGAGUAUUUUAAUAUUGAUUGCAAGAUGACGACAAUCCGCCAGUUGCCUCGAAAUCUUACGAAGCUCUCUCUUCGUGGAACAAGAUGUUACAAUCUGCCGCUCAACACGUCUUUCCUAGGCAAGGUGCAGGAUCACCUGCCACAUUUGGAGUACCUAGACGUAUCAGAAUGCGAAUGGUUCGAACCAGCGUCUUUGAUGCCACUCAGCAAGCUGCCGGCCCUGGAACAACUGUACAUGCGGGACUGUAAGCGGCUGACGGAAUGCGUCGCUUAUGCUUCGCUCGCCACUAGAUACGGCUUCCGGCACCUGAGGAUCAUAGACGUCCGCGGUUCCCCACUAGCGGACUCGGAGAUAUCAGCGCUGGGCUGGUUGCCUGUCCUCGAGGAGUUGUACUGCGCGCCGCCCGAUGACAAGCAGUCCACGCCCGAACACACGCACUCCUGGAGCGACACCACUGCACCGCACCACGACCUCGAUACCUGGGAGAUUGAGGCACCGGACUACUACAGAGUGAAGACGCCGGAACCUGAAGUGACGGACGAGGAUGACGAACAGAAUUACGAACCGGAACCGCUCGACCCGCCGCCAGAGCGGCCCGGAGACAUACUCAUGGGGAACCCGUGGUGGUCGCAUGAGAGACGUAUCAUCGUAAUCCAGCCCAAUCGUCAGGCCGAAGAGAAUCGUCAAGCCGCGGAUGUUGCACCCGAGCGGGCCCCAAUACCUGCUCAGAUUGCACCCGUCAUUCAACAGGUGCCCGUCGCCCAGCGCGUCGGCCAGGCCGCUCAGAGAGCUGUUGCUCAAGCGGCACCCCGUCCUCUGCCUCAGCCUAUUCCUCAAGAGGGCUUAGCUGCACAAGGACCCGCUCCAUUCGUACUCGGAGAUGUGCAUAUUGUACCCAUACCGCGUCCAGUGCCACCUGCCGAGCCCGCAGCGCCGUUUCACGCACAUCGGGUCGAUCCGGAACUAGCCCGAGCGUUUGAUGCCACACUUGAUCAGUAUGGAGCCAUGGCUGUAGAACAGGGGCUUAUUCGGCCGGGCCCCGCGAACCCACAGCCGGGCCCUGCAAACCCACAACCAGGCCCCGCGAACGCACAAGGGGGUGCUGAACAGCCAGGCCCCGCGAACCCGCAAGCGAGUGCGGAAGAAGCAGGCCCUUCGAAACGCCGCGCCAACCCCGAAGACCCCCUCGAUUUGGCUAAAAGGCGCCGUCUAGACGACGAUGACGAUGAUGAUGACGAAGAAAUGCCGGAGCAACGCGUACAAUGCGUCAUAAGCGCUGAACAAUGCCCCCGUUUGAGGGAUAGGGGGAUGGUCACCGACCCCCCAAUCAUCCCCGUCCUCGGGAACAGGGCCCGCGUGCAAAUCCGUCAUAACAACCCUUUUAUGCACGUUGAUUUGGAGACUCAGCGGCAAUCAACCAUUCAUAUAGGCAACCAUAUUGGAUACCACCUCAUCAGUGAUUCAGCCAUCCUCCGAUUCGGCCGCGCAGAGAAUGAUAAUAUCAACUACGUACAUAUAGGCCGGAAUGGCAUCCAUGAUGGAGUUGAACCGGGUAUGCGCCCUGACCGGUCCAAUUUGAGGAUUUUAUCCGUGACCGGGUACAGGAGUGUGACCGACCGUAGUUUGCAGCACUUGGCUACGGCAGCCCCGAACUUGGUUUCUGUAGAUUUCACAGACACGAGUGUGAGUUCUGAGGGCGUGGCGGUGUUUAAGGCUCACCGACCGAAUUGCGAAGUUAUUUUUAACGAGUGGGGUAGGAUAUAUAAAUAGAAGUUCAAGCGCUGGUUCUGCUACAGCCGUGAUAUACCGUAUUAUAUCGAAAGAAAAAAAAUUAAUGAUUAUUUAUAGGUUUGCGUGGUUCGUGAUUUUUUUUUUUUUUGGUUGUUAUGGCUCUAUGGUUUAUAUCGAAUAAUGUAGGGUUGUUUAAACAGUGUGAAAUUCAACCCGAAUAUAAUAUAUUAAAAUUAUUUUAUAACUCGAAUUAUAAAAAGUUCUGAUUACGUUUUGUAAUACCGAACACAAUUUUUUUGUUAAUCUAAUUUAAUUUAGUGGAAGAACCCGUAUUUUUUAAUAGAUAUUACGGUUUUUUCAAACCCUUUUUUCUCUGGAUAUAAUAUAUGUCUAAGCUGUCAAAGUAGUACCCAGCGCCUGCAACCUUCCUGCGACGGGAAAAUUAGUCUAAUGAUGAUUACUAUGAUAAGCGGUACAGAACUGCGAAGUUUCAAAUUAUAUUCAGCAGUUUUGCGUGAAUGAAUACCAAACAUUCAUUCUUAUAAAUGUUCAAGCUAUAUGAAAACUUUGGUGGAACAUAAAUAUAAUAUUUAAAUUGUAAGGAAAGAUUUGCUUAACGAAUUCUAGAUUCGAUAGCCUUAAGUUGCAAUAUUUAAUGAAAAUAUCAUAUAUUAUCAGCGGCGGCCCUAGCCAUUGCGAGGCUGCGUGCGGCAGGUCUAUGCGAGGCCCUUUGUCCUAUGUGAAAAGUAUGUAUUGCGAGAGUAAGCUGGUGUUUUGAUUUAGCUAAACGUCAUGUAUGAGUAGAAAUGGUCAAGUUAAACAAAUUAAUAAAAUUUUAUUUUUACUCCAGUUUAUAUUUAAAGAAUCACAAAAAAUAAAACAAGUGGAAAGUAAAGCACCCGCGAGCGUAGCGAGCCCAAAAAUUUUUGAGGUUUGGGUCACCAAAGCACGUAAACUUCAAUAACAAACAACAGUUCAAGGUGAAGUCGCGAGCGUAGCGAGCGCGAAAAUUUUUGAGUUUUGGGACAUAAAAGUUCCCUAAUCAAUUUAGAAGGAAAGGUACUGUUAGGUGAACAGCCGCGAGCGUAGCGAGCGCGAAUUUUUUUAAAUUGUUUGUUUAAGGACUCUCAAAUUAAACUCUGUAGCGCGGACCUUGCCUAUUGCCCCUCCGCGCCCCUCUAGAUUAAGACGCGCGCCGGCUCGCUACCGAAAUAAUUAAAAGUGGAACAGCCGCGCAGCUUUUGCGGCGCGCGCGGAGAGCCGACACUGCACGAGCAACCGCGAAGCACGACGCAUGCGCUCCGGUUGUUGACGGACGCCCGCGUCGCUCGCGUGCGUGUGCUUAAGCUCCCUAGUAUAUAUUGUAUUGUGUUUUUGUGUACGGAUUAUACUUUUAUUUUACCACCAAUCGUUUUUUUUUUUUUUAAUAAAAACUCGGAACGAAGCCCAACUAUACGUGGCGCCCAACGUGGGGGGAAUUAAGCAAAAAUAAAAAAAAUCCAUGACUGGAUUGAGAGCCAGUUGUGGGUUGUAGCGCGAGGCCCCCCCAAGCGCGAGGCCCUGUGCGAGGGCACAGUUCGCACACCCCUAGGGCCGCCACUGUAUAUUAUUGUUUGCAUACUACAGUUUUUCAAAAAUAAUUGUAAAUAAUAUGCAGUAUAAGGUCUUAUAGGAACUAAAUAUUGUAGCGUCUUAUUAAUAAAGUUAAAAAUUAAGUUACGUUUUGAAUGAUAGCGACUGCAUGAAUAUCCGAGUUCGACUGCACUUUCUGUUGCCGUCUCGAUCCAAAACGGUGUCAUGUAAACAUACAAACCAGUAGGCAGUUGGCAUUCAAAACACGUAAUGAAAAUGUUUCAAAAUUAUCGAAAAACAUAUGUUUAUUUCCUCGCACAAAUAUCUUUUAGUGUUUUUUUGAAAAUUUCGAAUACAGCUUCAUAUAUAUCAUAGUUUAAAAAUAAUUAAAAAAGGGUAACUAAUAUAUGUUAUUUCUAAUGUAUGUCUAUUUAAAGAAUUUAGCUAUAAUAUAUACUAGAUAUUUAAAAAAUAUAAACGUAGAUUUUAGCUAAGUAACUUAGAUUGGAAUAUCAAUAAAAUAUACAUGUGAAAUCCUGCGGUUUCACCCCUGGUAUAAAAAUAAUUAAGAAACGUGUAUACUUAGGUACUAUAUAAAAUGGUGUCAAAAGUCAGCAAAAAAAUAUUGUAUGCAUUACAUGGAGAACAAAAUGACUAGCGGAGAUGUCAUAACGCAAAAUCUCCUAAGAAAGUAGCGACAACAUGCGGGGCGAGGGGGACGAGGAACGUUACUAGCUCCGCCCUUACUCAUUAUUUUCGAAAUAAAAUCAACCAAUCAAUCAAGACCAAUCUUUGACAGAUUGGUUUUGACUUGACUUGGAAUCCGAACGCCUCGUUAGUUCUAGUAACUGAUCACGUCUACCGUACGUUGCUUGAGCUACAAGAAGGCGCCUGACCUACCUUCCUCAUGGCAUGUCCGCUAUCUUUCCUUCCUCCGUGGUUAUAAUUAAAUAUGAAAUUCGUAAAUCUAAGGUUCAAAAUUGUUUUCUAAAUACAAUUAAUUCUAAAUAUAAAAAAAUAGCGGUUUAUAAUUUCUAUAACCGAUCUUUAAAGAAAGAUUGGUUAUAGAAAUUCGCAGUUAGAUAGAAACAGCGUACAGUUUUUAGACUUAUAAAAACUGAUUUCUGUUUUUUUUUUUCUUCUAAAUCAUAUGAAUAUAUAUAUUUUUUAAUUUUUUUGAUGAUUGUAUUAAGUGAGCAGUGUUGCCAUCAUGUGAUUUUGCUUUAUGAAUUAAAAAAGAAUUACGUCAAAUAUUUUGAUUUAAAUAAAUUUAUAUUAUAUAGUUUAGAAUAAAUACACAAAUAAAAACCGCCAGUGAAAGUAGUAUAAUUCUGUAACUAUUAAAAACGUCUGUGUAUUUAAAUUUAUAAAUCUAUAUAUAGUGUGUAUUUCAA